AUGCUGCAGCGACCACAGCAGCAGCAAGAGCAGCAGGAACAACAACAGCAGCAGCAACAGCAGCAGCAGCAGCAGCAAAGGCAACAGCAACAGCACCACCAAGAACAGCAGCAGUUACAGCAGCAACAGCAGCAGGUCCAACAGCAGCAACAGCAGCAUCAGCAGCAGCAGCAACAGCAGCAGCAGCAGGAGCAGCAGGAGUAUAACCUUUUGGCCAUUUCUUGUCAGCAGCAGCAGCAGCAGCAACAGCAGCGGCAGCAGCAGCAGCAGCAGCAGUGGCAGCAGCAGCGGCAGCAGCAGCGGGAAGAAGAAGAGGAAAAGCAAGAGCAGCAGCAGCAGCAGGAAGAACAGCAGCAGCAAGAGCAGCAGCAGCAACGAACGCAGAAGACAAAGAUUAUAUACUCAGAUAUAUAA